CUCUCCUGCAGUACCAGUCUGGCUGUGCUUGUCAGCAUCUCUUUUUCAUACUCUCUCCUACUCACUCCCAUGUGUUCUUCCCAUUUCCCCCACCACGCCUUCUCCGUCUCCGUCUCCUCCUUCUCCUAACCCUAACCCUAAUAAAUCCUUCUUCGGCCUUGAAGGUUUCUGUUGUUGUUUGCAGUAACUGCCACAUUUUCUUUCUUCCAUGCGAAACGAUUUUUUUUUUUGGAUUUUACGUUGGGUGAAUCGAUAAGAGAUUGAAAGAGAAUCGGGAAAAUGGGGUGUGCGCAAUCGAGAAUUGAGAAUGAGGAGGCGGUUUCGAGAUGCAAAGAGCGGAAGAUACUCAUGAAAGAGGCGCUGGCGGCUCGCAACGCCUUCGCUGCGGGGCACACUGGUUACACCAUGGCCUUGAAGAAUACCGGCGCCGCGUUGGGCGACUACGGGGAAGGAGAAGCCGAGAAUAACCACGACCAGCAUCUCCAUUCGGCAUUUGGAACGGUCUCUGAAGCGGCGGCGAUCGAUGCCACCCUCCCGCCGCCGCCUCCGCCUCUUCCCAACUACUCACCGAGCCCGCUCAAGCGAACGGUGAGCAUGCCGGAGCUUUCGCCGGUAAAAACGCCCGUUGGGUUGAGUAUUCCGGUGGUUAUUGAAGAAGAUAAGCGGGAUGAUAAGGAUGAGCUGAUGCGGCGGCGAAAUGGCGGUGGAGCGAGGGAGGCGGAGCCCACUCCUCCGCGGACGCCGGCGAUGAAUGCGGUUCCGCCGCCGCCUCCGGAUGCGAAGGGGAUGUCUUGGGAUUACUUCUUUAUGGUGGAGAACAUGGCUGGAACCAUGCUGACUGAAGAGGAUGAGAUUAAGGGUGAGAAGAACGAGGAUGAGGGUGAGGUGUUUCACGAAAUGGGCAAUGUGGGUGGCGAUGGUGGUGAGGAGAGUGGUGGGGUUGAGCCGAAGACACCGCAGAAGACAGCCGAGAAGGAGGAUGAGGAGCUUGUGAAGAAGGCAAAGCAGCUCACACAUGCCAAUACGGCACCGUUGCCGGAGGUCAGGAGGGGGGUGAUUGAGCCUAGUAUUAAUCUUAUGCAGAUACUGAAUGUGAUCGACGAUCAUUUUCUGAAGGCGUCCGAGAGUGCCCAAGAGGUUACCAAGAUGCUAGAGGCAAAUCGGAUGCAUUAUCACUCUAAUUUUGCAGAUAAUGGCGGACAUAUUGACCACUCUGCCAGGGUCAUGCGCGUUAUUACAUGGAAUAAGUCAAUCAGAGGUAUGCACAAUGCUGAUGAUAUGAAGGAUGUUUUUGAUGCAGAAGAAUAUGAAACUCACGCAACUGUCCUGGACAAGUUGCUGGCAUGGGAAAAAAAACUUUAUGAUGAAGUGAAGGCAGGUGAGCUUAUGAAGCAUGAAUAUCAGAGGAAGGUUGCUUUGCUUAACAAGCAGAAGAAACGCAGUGCCAGUACUGAAUCAUUGGAGAAAACGAAAGCAGCUGUAAGUCAUCUGCAUACACGAUAUAUAGUUGACAUGCAGUCCAUGGAUUCAACUGUUUCUGAAGUAAAUCACAUCCGUGAUGAUCAAUUGUACCCAAAACUUGUUGCUCUUGUGGACGGGAUGGCGAAAAUGUGGAAUGACAUGUGCAUGCAGCACAACAGCCAGCUAAAGGUGGUUACAGACCUCAAAUCUAUUGACAUCUCCCAGGCUCCCAAGGAGACGAGCAAGCAUCACCAUGAACACACCAUCCAGCUCUGGAAUGAGAUCCAAGGAUGGCAUUCACAGUUUGAAAAGCUUGUGACCCAUGAAAAACAAUACAUCCAGGCACUCAACAGCUGGUUGAAGUUAAAUCUAAUCCCCAUUGAAAGCAGCUUGAAGGAGAAAAUCUCAUCUCCUCCGAGACCUCAACACCCUCCCAUCCAGGCCCUCCUUCACUCAUGGCAUGACUCUCUGGAGAAGCUUCCUCAUGAGCUUGCCAAAUCAGCAAUCUCCUCCUUUGCUGCUGUGAUAAAAACCAUCAUCCUUCAUCAGGAGGAAGAGAUGAAACUAAAAGAGAAGUGCGAGGAGACCCAAAAGGAGUAUUCGCGCAAGCAUCAAGCAUUUCAGGACUGGUACCAGAAAUACAUGCAGCGUAGGACCCCGCCAGAUGAAACAGACCCUGAGAAGGGCGACGAAGCCAAUCCCAAGGACCCCAUCUCAGAGAAACAAUUUGUGGUGGAGAGCUUGAAGAAGAAGUUGGAAGAGGAAGUUGAAGCUCACCAAAGACAUUGUGUUCAGGUGAGGGAGAAAUCACUGGGAAGUCUCAAACUUCGGUUGCCUGAGCUCUUCCGGGCCUUGACAGACUACACUCAUGCCUGUUCUGAUGCCUAUCAAAGAUUGAAGGCCAUCACUCAAUCACAAAGCGUAAAUGGUGUUUCUUCUUAACAAUCGAGAGAAAGGAAAGAGUCGGCCAAUGAGAAGAGCCAAGUCGAGGACUUAGACAAUUAUUAUAUGUAGACGAACCUCGUGGAGAGACAGCCUCGAAUUGAAGGGCAGAAGUCUGGCCAUGCUUACAUUUGCUGGAAAUGGGGAUCAAGCUCUGGUCGAAUUCUCGCGGCAAAAGCGUCCGAUUGGGCGACUGCAAUUCGGGGUCGAAGUGGAGACUACUUUGGAGAAAAAUAAAGCAAGAAAACAAGAAAAUUUUCCAUAAUUCUACCCCUCCAUCGCGUCUGGCGUCUUAUGACAUGGACUCCUACUCGCAGAAUUUCGAUCAAGGCCCAGGGUGGACGGAUCCUGAAAACAGGUUCAGGUCCUUCUCCGCACGCUUCGCUGUUCCAUCCAAGAUUUUGCAAGAUAAUGACCUUAUGGAUCGAUGUUGAUACAUAAUGGUAUAUCUGUUUUCUUUACUAUACUGCUAUGAAAUCCUUCUACUCCUUCAUACUCUAUUGCCUACCUUUGAGCUAAGUCCCUUUUUUUCUUUUCUUUUCUUCUUCUUUUUAAGCCUAGUUGUUAAUAGAAUAGGAGGCACCAGAACAAGACCAAGAGGAAAAGCUUGGAUGUCCCCCACCUUUUUUCCCCCCUAAAUUUGGGGCUUUUUUUUUUUAUCUUUUCCCUUUGGGCCACAAAUAAGUUAUCCUUUUUCUAUAUGUGGAAAGCACAAUGAUGAAAGCACAA